CAACUCAUUCCUCCCAAGAAAAAAAAAUUGCACGCACCAGGCUACUCCUUAGAGGAAACAUUGGUGGCAGCACCUAUACUGAAAUGGUAGAUGACAAGAUGGGUUUCUACAUUAGUUCCUUGUCCCGGGCUGACAUUCGUCGCAUCAAGCCUCACUCGGACACACAGCAGGCCCGUCGUUAUCAAGCUGCACCGAACUAUAAUUACAAAUGGACUGACGUCCACUAUGAGGCUAGUCGGGGAAAUGUGGACAGACUUCGACAUCUGUUGCUGACAUCUGGCAGAGAUAAUAUUGACCGAAAGGAUUAUUAUGGAAAGACCCCACUUUAUUGGGCAGCAUAUAAAGGCCAAAGGUCUUCCAUGGAGCUUCUGCUAUAUUAUGGUGCUGAUGUUAACAGUCAGUGUAAACAUGGUGGCACUCCUCUCCAUGCAGCAAUUGGUCUGUUUCCAGAGUGUGCACUGCUUCUCAUACAGCAUGGAGCAAAUAUUGACUUGCCGGAUAUCUGGGGAGUGACCCCCAUGUACUUAGCUGCCUGUAGUGGACAAACAGAAUGUAUCCAACUGCUGGUACAGGCUGGAGCUAAAAUCACCUACAGAAAUAAGAAAACUGGAGAAGCUCCAAAACAGUUGGCUUCCAAAACAGCUUUGAUUUCUUGGAUUGAGAGCUACCACAAGGAGCCAAGAUCACUGAAACACAUCUGUCGAAUGAAAAUCCGUGGAGCACUUGGCCAUCGUAGAAUCCGCGCCCUCCACUCAUUUGACAUUCCUCGUAGCUUGAAGGAUUAUCUGAUGUUUGAAGACCUCCAGUUACAGGACUGUUCACCCGCAAACGUGGUCAUUGAAAGGACGACCAACAGGGAGUGCUGAAUAAUGAGGAAGAACUGACUUCAGUCAUCUUGUCAUUGCAGAUGUGUCCAAGCAGCCCUAUACAUAAAUUUUAUCGCAGAAGAACUUUUGUAAAACAAACUGUCUAAAAUGUGAUGAGAGCAUUCCCGAGAGUUGACAGUAACAACAGCUUGAUAGCUUUAGAUGUACUGAGCAACUUUGCAAGGAAAUCCAAAUUUCCACAAAUUUAAAGAUCAUUACUGUAGUCCUAGCUAGACAAUUAUAGUUAAUUCAAGUUGGUAAAAGCAUGGGCAGCAUUGCAGCUCGCUGACACUUCUUUUUUUUGUAGGGUUAUUUUUUGCUUCUAAAGGCACAAUUUUGCACCUUUGAUACCGUACUUGAAGUCUACAUUUAGGGAUAUGGACCUGAAAAGGGUAACAAAAGCAAGACCCUUCGUGAGUUAUUUAUUUUUUUGUAUUAGUGCAAUUUUAAUAGGAAAAGCUACACUUGCAAAAAAAACAUAGCAAAGGCCUUGUUAUACAACUAUAAAUGUUUCACAGUUUCAAUUGAAUUGAACUGAAUGCUGUACAAUGUAAGCUUUUUCUAUGGAAUUUUUUAAAAAUAAAUACAACAACUAUUU